CUCCUUUGUGGCCUUUACAGACACGCGCAGUGACGAGUGAGCCAAACUCCAAAAACCCUCCAUGUUUGCUCCACUGUGUACCCCGUGGGGAUGUGCCAUCCGACGUGGUGGCUAAGGGUAGAGCAAGAUAAAUACUCUUUGCCAGCCGGAGCCCCGUACAAACGUGUGACUGUGUAGCUUGUGUUUGUGUAUGUAUGUGCGUGCUCAACAACCCUCAACCCUCUAUCGACAACCAGCGUCGACGACCGCUCCGCAGCUCAGCAAGUUCAGACAACCACAGCAUCGCAGUCAUGGGUGGCUUCAAGGCCGUCGAGGAUCGGCCGACGCCGAAGGAGGUGUACAACUGGAAGCUCUACACCGAAGCCGCCAUCAUCGCAACCGGCUCGUUCCUCUUCGGAUACGACUCGGCGUUCAUCGGGACGACCAUCGCCCGCAACAGCUUCAAGAGGGACUUUGGCAUCAACGCCGAGAACUCGAACAACAUCUCGAGCAACAUCACAUCGGCCUUCCAGGCGGGCGCCCUGGGCGGCGCGGUGCUUUGCUUCUUCAUCACCGAACGCCUGGGCAGGAAAAGGACCCUGCAGGCCAACGUUGUCAUCUUUCUCGUCGGCGCCAUCCUGAUGACUGUCGCAACCGAUCAACUCUCCUUCAUCUAUGCUGGACGCGCCCUUACCGGAGUCGGAUGCGGCGGCAUCACGGCCACGGUCCCCUCGUACAUCGGCGAGCUCUCCAUACCCUCGAUCCGCGGCAUCCUGACCGGCCUCUUCGAGGUCGCCUACCAGGUCGGCUCCGUCAUCGGCUUCUGGAUCAACUACGGCAUCACCCAGACCAUCGACCCGAACCUGCCCGUCAGCUGGCGGAUCCCGAUGGCCUUCCAGCUCGCGCCCGCCGGCAUCCUCUUCGCCGGCUGCUUCUUCAUCCACGAGAGCCCCCUGUGGCUGCUGCGCAAGAACAUGACCGAGAGGGCGCAUAAGGUCCUCGAAGGUCUCCGGGGCCUGCCCAUCGACCAUAAAUACAUGCAAGAGGAGCUCGACAUGUUCCAGAAGAAGAUUGACGAGGAGCGGGCCGUCUCCGCGCAGUACGGAAACGGGCAGUGGGCGUACCUGCGCGGCGUCGCCAACAUGCUGUGCCGCAAGGGCAUGUGGAACCGCCUGGUCCUCGUAUUCUGCGCCUUUGCCCUCAACAACCUCUCCGGCGCUGCCGCCAUCAACUACUACUCGCCGACGCUCUUCAAAUCGAUCGGCAUCACGGAUGUCUCCCUCUACACCGGAAUCUACGGCUUGAUCAAAGCCAUUGCGUCCAUCAUUUACUUCAUCUUCCUGAUCGACCUUCUUGGACGACGCUGGCCUGCAAUCCUGUCAUCUUUCAUCUGCUCGCUAUGCCUCUUUGUGGUGGGUGCGUACGUAAAGAUCGGGCACCCCGCCGACAUCAUCGCCGCUGGCAAAGAACUGUCCGCCUCGACUGCAGCUGGCGGCAGAGCGGCCACCGGCAUGAUUAUGAUCUAUUCCAUCUGCUGGUCCUUCGGCCUGAACGGUAUCCCGUGGAUCGUCAGUGCCGAGAUAUUCCCCGGUGCGCUCCGCAACUUCACCGGGACCUAUGCGGCUCUCGUCGUCUGGGCCACCCAAUUCGCCAUCACCAAGGCCAUGCCGUAUAUCUUCAGCUCCUUCGGCUACGGUACCUGGUUCUUCUUCGCCGCAUGGAUGAUCAUCGCGACCCUCUGGGCCUUCUUCUUCUUGCCCGAGACCAAGGGUCUCACCAUGGACCAGAUGGAUGUUAUUUUUGGCUACGCUCAAGAUGCGCGCCCGGAGCCCUCUACCAAGUUUGUCGAGACGGCGUUCGAUGACAACAAGGCCAAGUCAAGCGAGCAUACAGAGGAUGUCUAAGGCAACCAUGUCGAAUUGGACAUUUGGGAGAGUGUAUGAACAGGAGUUCCGUCACUUGGGGGUAAUUAUUGGACUGUAUCCCCGGCCGUCAAAGACUUGGCAGUGACCAGAAUAGCGUAGACUAGGAGCAUUAAAAGCCAUCCACAAUUAAACCAAGACAAAAAUUGAAUACCAG